UAGCUUGUAUCUGCUGCAGGCACUGCUCAGAGCAAUGAACAACAAUUUAGCUAAACUUCAGCUACAUUCUAACUACUUAUCUGUACCUUCAGAUAACCAGUGUAUGGUCAGUGCAGGACUAGCAGCCUCUGUGCCUGGUUUGGAUAUGAAGCUAACAGCUAACACGAGUUUACGCAGCUAGAAGUUUGAAGUUUUACUUGUCGUUUGAAGAGGAGGAAUUGUCUCCCCCGUUUGGUGACACAGCUUUCUAAAAGCAGAUUCGUCACCUGACACUCACUCCACUUAUGUGACAAUAAAAGUCACAGUAAAAUAUAAUCUACUGCAUUGUUAUUCUGUAUUUACUCCAUCUAUUCGGAAAAAGUGCCUCCGAACAUCAGAAGAAUCAUGGGGGAAACAGCUCCCCUUCAAACUACACCAGGGAGUCUUGGAAUAGUGGGUGGAGUUGGGCUCCUCGGGGGUGGGACAGUAACACCACGUGUUCACAAUGCUAUUGUGGAACGCUUACGUGCUCGGAUUGCCGCAUGCCGGGAACAUCAUCGAAAUUGCCAGGGUCGGUAUGAGCGAAGUAGGGCUGAGAGCUCGGACAGAGAAAGAGAAAAUACUUUACAGCUGCUCACUCUAGUGCAACAUGGCCAGGGCACCAGGAAAACCAACAAGCACGUAAAGAAUGCUCCACCACCUGACUAUCAUCAUCAUCAUCAUCAACAACAACAUCAACACUUGUUGGGCAACAGCAGAAAUGGCAAUGAGAUUAAAGCGGAACAGUCCCAGCAAACAUCUAAUGGCCUUGACCAAAGGAACUCGGCCCUCAUUGCUCUUCAAGGUUCUUUGAAGAGGAGAUUGGUAGUAAAUGUUUCUGCCAAUCACAAUAACAGAUCGAAUGGCAUAUCGGAUAGCGCCUAUCUUGAUUUUAAGAAAAUAAGAACGAACGAACACCUUCCAGGAUCUCAAGAUGUUUAUCGUGCCACUGAAGGUUUAAAUCAAUCAUCUGGUGGAACUAUGCCGAUGAAUCAAUCAGCACAUAGAAAAUCACAUAUUACAAGCAAUGAGACUAAUGACGUGUUUAAUCUAACGUUAAAAGAUAUCAAGAAGGAACCUGGGGAAAGUCUGCCUUGUAGCAAACAUUUUGAUCCUCAGAUGUCUCAGGACAAUCUAUACAGAUAUGGAGAAGAAUUAGAGGAGCAACUUAUGGACCCAGAUCUUCAGGAACUAUUUAAUGAACUUACGUAUAUAUCAGUUCCACCAAUGACUGAUAUUGAGCUGCAAAAUAUGAUAAAUAUUACAAUAAAACAAGACGAACCUUUCAACAUUGACUUGGGACAGAACCAUAGAAACACGCCAACAUCUUUGCCAAUGGACAAAAUAGUAAUUAAAAGUGAAUAUCCACAAGGUUUAGAUCAUGCUAGAGUAGAUUCACCACAAUUAAGACCGUCUUCUACAGGCCCAACAUUUUCAAUGGCUGGCACAUCACUGACACUUUCACAAAGUACUACUGCACCUCAGAACCAAGCGCAAGUUUCUUCCAGUACAAACCGUUUGGCAAACUGGCAGGAACUGUCUCAUGCACAACAACUGAAACAAAUGGCAGCCAAUAGACAGCACACUUUAAUUCAGCAACACCAGCCAAAUCAAUCUCCUAGCUGGUCAAGCGUCCCACCACCAAGGCCGUUUGGACAAGAGAAAGUUCCAAGUCCUUUUCGACAACAACAGUUGAGUCCUCACAGAACACCUAUAAAUGAUGCACCAGUAAAUGGAAGUCAAACAAAAGUAAUAAGUAACUACCUCUACAAACCAAGCCCCAACUCUCACAGCAGCCAACUCGACAUGAUGAAUCAACAAACCUCCCAGGAUUCCAGUAAGAACUUGGUCACUUCAGGUCAUUCGACAGUAGAACCAAACCAUGGCAACACUAAACCUUUGUUUCAUUUCAAUCAAGAUCAAACAAACCAUCAAGCAUCUCUGGGUUUAAACUCCCAAAGCAAGCCUAUUCUACAAUUCACAAAACAGCAGAGCUCUGCUGCAACUCAGCAACAUGAACAAUUGCAACAGGCAAAACCAUUACCAAAUCAGAACCUGCCAAGGACACAAACCUUUCCGCAUAAGAUGUUAAUUCCAAAAAUUCAGCAGAAUCAACAAAUCUCUGGACUGCAUUAUCCGGGUGUACAUCAACAACAGGAUCAGCACUCCACAACACCCCAGGGACCUGGUAGCAGCUCCACCACCAACCCCAGCUCCAGCCCUGGUCCUGGAAGUGGCUUCUCCUCCCAGCAAACUCUACUAAGCCAGCAGCUUAUGGAGAAACCAAACAUUUUACAGAGGCAGAUGGCGGAGCAAAAACAACAGCUCAUUAUGCAGCAGCAAAUACUUUCAGGAACGGAGAAAAGCAAGACUCAGGAUCAAUUAAACAGACAUCUGACCAGACCGCCCCCGGACUACAAGGACCAAAGAAGAACCAACAUGAGUGUUCAACAAGGAAAUCAAUAUAGUGGUGUCAACUCCAAUUCAUCGAUAGCUACUGCUCUUCCACCGCAUAAUGCCCAGAAUUCAGGACAUUCUUCAACAAGCCAUGGUUCUAGGAUGUCGUCAUCACUUCAGGGGUCUCAAAACAUGUAUGGGAAUGUCCCGUGCUCUCAGCAAACCAUGUACAAUGUAAAUCCUGGUGUAGCCCACAUGCAACAACAAACAAGUCCUAACUCUAUUGGAACAAACCAGAAUGGUCAUGUUUUGCAAAGACAGUCAACAGGAAAUGGUUUGCCCCCUUUUAGUACAGUAGCUGCAGUCAAUCCACCACAGUUUAGAUCUGGUCCAGGUCAAAGAACAAGUAUGGUUGGGCAAAGAGCACCAAAUGCAAUGGUGAGCACAUCUAGUCAACAGAACUGGGUUCCACCAGAGGCAAAAAAGCAAGAUGCUCCUUGCUUCACCGACAACAAUCAGUUUCAAAAUCAGUCUCUUCAAAGUGUUUUGGGCAGUCAGCAUUUCCCUCAACGCUCUUUGCCACCACCUAACCAGGUUACUCCAGGCACACAGCUGAGACCUUUAACUCAAAUGAACCAAGGAAAUAGCGGACAAGCUAUAGAAUCUCUAAGAGGUUUAAACCAUGGACAGACUCAGCCAAGAGCACCAAUUUUGACGAACAUCAGCCCACAGGAAGGAACCACUAUGAUGGGCAAUAAUUUUACAACUGCAAACCAGCAGUCUCGAUCUUUCCAAGGUACAGACACUAGCAAUGACCUGGGAUCAUUUGAAUUUCUGUCUCAGAACAAUGGGCUUGGGCCAUCUCUUAACAAUGAUUCUGAUUUUAUUGACGCCUUGUUGAAAACAGGCCACAUCAACGAUGACUGGAUGAAAGAUAUUAACUUGGAUGAAAUCUUCAAGAACCAUUCUUGAAAUUUUACGAUGAUGAGAAAGACCCAUAUUCCGUAAACGGAAGAGUUCUGUGCCCUUCCAAGAAAAGAAAAAACAAACAAACAUAUUUUUUUCUUAUAAUCUAAUCAUAUGACUUUGAGAUUACACAAAUAUUGUCUUAUGAAUGUGCCAGUGCUUGGGUUCCUGCAUUGACCUAUAGGGAAGUUAAGCGUUCUAGGUUACCUAAUCACCAUGCUGUACAUAUAAUGAAUAUUUUUACUUGCAUAUAAAAACCUGUCAGACAUAUAUGUUACUUUAUAUCAAGUCUGCAGACAUUUACAAUAUUUUAAUUAAUCACUUUUCAGUUUUUAGCUAGGAUUCAAGGCAGACAUUUAAAUAUCAUCACUCUCCUUGACAACAAUCAGUGUAAAGAAAGUCAUUGUCUUUUGUAUGUCAUAGACAGACAGUUGUGACCCUUGGAUUAUAAUUCAUAUUUAACAAUCCCACACACUCUCUCCAUAGAUUGCUUCAAACAUUCCUCUGUGGGUCCUGUAAAACGAGCUCAAUGUCGCACAUUAUGUCCUCACUGAUGUUUAUAUCUAUUCUAAGCACUGAAAAGGGAUAAUAAUAAAUUAUAAUAAUUGUUUUUAUGGUGAUAAGGUGAAAGCCUGUGUGCUAAAACUGUGACAUCCCAGGUGUUGAACAAAAGGAGGAUGAAGUUGGAAAACUGGGUCUGCAGUUAAAGUAUAAAAAUAAUAUACAAAAACACCACAAUCUAAUUUAAGAGGGGAGCUGAUGGUGUGAGAAUUUAUGUUGACUUAUAUAUCCAAAUACAUAUUGGUCAGAACCCACACAGAGAUACCAAAAAACACAGCAUUACCCGUCAAGAUGAAUAAAAUUCUAGUACCUUUAUUAUGUCAUUUUAAAAAUACAGAUGAAAAGGUAUAAGAUAGUGGUGCUGGUUUCCCGAUGUGGUGGUCCCACCCUUGAUCUACAACUUGUGUAUUUUUCAAAUGAAGUUCAUGGUAAUGUUGUCUUUAUUAGACCCUCCGCAUGUGAGGUUUGACCGAUAUGUAAAUUUGUAUCCCAGAUGUUGUUAGGCUACCUCUGGAAUUCUUUGUCAGAUUUUUUUUUUUUUUGUAGAGUAUUCAAGAACAUCUGAAAGGGAACACUUGGAUGCCACUGCUC